AUGACAGAUCAAGAGUAUGUUCUCUGCAUGUGGAAGAAGCGCUUGUGGCCAGCCAAGGUAAAACAGAUCUUGGCUGGGAAAACAUCCGUUCCUAAUGCGAAGGAGGCUUCCUUGAAAGUUGAAAUACUCGGCUUGAAAGAACAGUUAAAUCAGAGUAAUAAUUCAUAUGAUGCUGUGGAAGAACUGAAAUAUCGUUGUUCUCUUAAAAUUGCCCUGGAUAUUUUGAACCAAAAUGGACAAGCACCACCUUCAGAAGAAGGACCAAAUACUCGGCUAUCCCAGGAGAACGCUGCGGGAUCUCUCUCAUCCACCCCCCUGCGUGGAAGUCAGUCGUGCACCCGCUCUGAAGAAAAGUUGGAGCCUGAGAGUUCCAAGAAGAAAAGAGGACAAAAAAACAACCCCGGCCUGAAGACUGACACGAAACACCCAAACCAGAAGGGCUCUUUGAUUUUGGAGGAGAGUGCUAAAGCACGUGACAGUGGACCGAAACCUUCCGCGUGGGAGGCUGGGCACUCGCACGGUACGUCAAACUCGGACAGUCAAAACUGUAAAAUACCAGAAUCUAAAUCACUACAGAGACAGAAAAAAUCCGAGCCCGGUUUGUUGACCAAGUCCAAACCCGGAAAGAAGGUUUCCCUUAAGCCCCAGAAGGAAAAAAGUAAGCAGGGAAGGAGACUGGGAAGUGCAGGAUCACCUGCUGCGAGCGGGAAUGAUCUUCCCCAGGAUGAAGCACAGCUCUCUCCUGAGGAAGGGUCUCCCCGCUCUCUCCCCCGCGAGUCCUACACUGUGGCAGCUGCCAGAAGGGCGAACACCAAAAAUCAACCCAGAGGGACGCUGCUGGAUUCCUCCUCCAAAAGUGCCCCGGAUGCCUCGGAAAAGCGCAUCAGUCACGAGAGCGAAAGCUUAGCGAAGCAGCUGGGCGGAAGAAAAAAGCCAGCGAGUUUAAAACGGGCUAACGGAGACCAAGGGGUCGGUGCCACCCUGCCCUCCCGCCCAAAAAGGAAGUGCCAGGACGGCCCCGAGUCCUCAUCUGGGCCUUCUCACCACCGGAUGCUUUCUGGUGGCUUCCCCUCCCCGCGCCAGGAGGAGGAGGAGAAGCAGAGUUUUUCUCCCGUGGCUGUGAAUAAAGUGACGCUGUUUCAGCUGCCUGACUUUGAGGAAGAUGAAGGGCUGGAAUUGUCCAACCUGUCUUCCAAUAUCAUUUCCUUGGAGAAUCUCUCUCGCAUCUCGGCUCUGGUAGAUAAAGAGGAGGAGGAUGAAGACCUGCCCAGUGUUUUAUCGCCUCAAGAGCCCCAGGUGAUGGAGGAAGGGAUUCUGGUCUGGUGCAAGCUGCGGAGGUAUCCUUACUGGCCAGCCGUGGUAAAAAGCGUGAAGCGGAAACGCAGGAAGGCCUGCGUGCUGCUGAUCGAAGGCGACACCGGCGACAAGAAAAAAGGUUUCUCGGUGCCUCUUAAGAACCUGAAGCACUUUGACUGCGAGGAAAAGCAGGACCUGAUAAACCGAGCCAAAGAAGAUUAUCCCCGAGAGAUCGAGUGGUGUAUCCGGCUGAUUUCCGACUAUCGCAUCCGAGUGGGUUGUCAUUCUUUCACGGGGUCCUUCUUGGAGUAUUUUGCUGCCGAUAUCAGCUACCCGGUCAGAAAGGAGGGUUAUCACGGUGUUGUCCAGAUGGCCUUUCCCAACGUGCUGGGGGUAGAUCCCAAGGGAUCGUCAUCAGAAACGUCACCGCAGAAGCCCUUCAAGAAACUCCUUCCUGACAGGACCAGAGCCGCGCGAGACAAAGCCAAUAAAAGGAUCGUGGACUUCAUAGUGAAGACGAAGGGGGCCGAAGAGCAUCUCUUGGCUGUUUUGAAAAGCAGAAAACAGUCACGGUGGCUGAAGAAAUUCCUGAAUUCUAGUCAGUACAUGAGCUGUGUCGAGACCUAUUUAGAGGACGAAGAGCAACUAGACCUUGUAGUAGACUACUUGAAGGAAGUGUAUCAGGAAAUAGACACCAAAAUGCUGCAGAAGAUAAAUGGAGAUGGAGUAACGUUUAUUUCAGAUGUCCUUUUGCCCGAGGCCAUCAUCUAUGCGAUUUCUGCUGUGGACGAGAUCGAUUACAAGAAGGCAGAAGAGAAAUACAUAAAAGGGCCAUCGUUGGGCAAAAGGGAGAAAGAAAUAUUUGAUGAAGAAAUUCUAGAAAGAAAGAAGCUGAAGACCAAAUAG